AUGAGAACGAAGGAGUCGACAGAAGAUAUCGUUGGAGUUGGAAUCGCCUACAAUAUUCCAGAAGAGAACUUGACUUCUUCAAUCAAAUUGAAUGAGAAGGCAUCUGGAGGAUACUACGAGUUGAAUACAAAAGCUGCUGGAGACGAAUACAAAGUCAUCAGUUCUUCACUUUCCAGGACUCAAGAUGUUGAGAAAGUCAAAGGAAAAAUGGUUCAAAAAGUUAUUGCAAAAGAAGAGAUUCGAGUUGUGGAGACGAGUACUGAAUCUGUGAAUGCCAACUUCAACUAUGAGAUUCCAGAGCCAAAUUUCAGUAUUGGAGUAACCAAAUCAUGUGCUAACAAUGCGGCUCCAUAUACCAUCAAACUUCAUGAAUGCUUGGAAUAUUUCGUCAAGAUGUUCUAUAACAUGAACAAAAAAGAUGAUUUCGAGUCCAUUCUAAAAACGGUCAUAAUUUCAAAUGUAAUUGAGCCGAAGACGUUGUCCUGUGCAGCUGCUGAGUUGGAAGAAUCCACAAGAAAUCCAGAAUUUAACCGUCCAUCAGAAUACCACGAUUUGCAGAAGACCGUUGUUGAUUUUAACAGAAUUGAAGGCGCUUCUUUGGUUACUUUCGAGCCAACAACUGAGAAAAUGGCACUUUCGACUGUUCUCAACCGAGAAAAUGAAUAUUCUCGUACCGAAUACAUCGUCAAAGACAAGAACCGUGGGGCCAGUUUGAAAUACCGAUUUGUGGAAUCCAGCGAAGAAAAGCAGAGCGUAUUUAGUGCAUUUGAAGUAGACUCAGAAAAAGAGAAAGUCGAACGAACGAUUGAUUUGGUUCGUCAAGGAGGACACUUUAAACUGUCCACUGAUGCAUCCGAAGAUAACGAAAUCACUUUGCACCGCGAGAUAUCCAAAUCUCGUAUCACCCACUACGACACAUUGCACCAAAUCACGCUUUCGAAUUCUGCACCGCACCAAAUGUUGAGCACCACUGGAACCACACAGGAGAUGAACACAAUCUCAGCCCAAUUGUCGAAACCGGCUGAAUGGCUGUCUACUGAAUUGCUCAUUGUCGACAAGAACACUGAGCAAACUGUGACGUGGCGCGUGUUGGAGUGUGAAGAGUGUGUUGAGAAUUUGCACCCGAUCUACCGUAGACCCGACGACAUUUUCGAUUUAGAUGAGACAUGGUACAUCGCGAGAAACGGCGGAAUGUUCGAACGACGUCUCAAAGCGAGUGGCGACGAAACUGAGAUUAUCAAUGAAGAUAUCAAGAGCCGUGGAGUCAAACAUGACGUCAUUGAUAAGAAGUUUAUCGUUGGAAACCAAGGAGAGCCAAUAUCAUUCACAAGUAUUCAAACAUCUUCAAUUGUUGCUUCUGUUUCUCAGGACAUGAGUCGAUUGGGAGAAAAAGAAACUGUCAAGAAGGUUCUUCAAAACUCUAAUAAAGGAAUCAAUGUUGAGAAGAAGAUGACCGAAGCUACUGAAUAUAGAGCAACUAUCAGUGAACAAUUCAGAAGAAAUGAUGACUUCGACACAGCAGAUCUUCUUAUCAAAGACCGUCGAUUGGGAGGAUGUUAUGAGCUUUCUACAAAUGCUUCUGAACAGAGUUCAUCUAGUAUUUCAAGUGCUUUGAUUUGUCCAAGACCAAGUCACCUUUCAACCGAGAAAACUUUCAUCACUGCUCAAACAAUUAUUCCAGCAAUUCUGAACUGUAAGGCUUCUGAAUCUGUUGGUCAUUCUGUAACAGAACAAUGGAAUCGUCCAAAUGAUCACUUUGCAAUUUCCAAGAUCAUCACUGAUUGCAAUAAGGAGAAUGAGCAGUUCACUGUUAGAGAAUCUGGAGAAGAAUACCAUACAACCAACUGCUUCUAUUCAAGAGAACAAGAAGAGAAGGUUGUUGCGAAGACGUUGCAUGAAGCAAGACAAGGAAGUGGACAGACUUUCGAAACGAAACAUGCAACUGAUCGAACAAUGGAUGCAGUUCAACAUCUUGAGAAGGAAAGACUGGCGGAGGCUCAUGCUGAAAAAAUUUUCGUCAUUGGAAACUCCUCUCCAGCAGUGUCAUGGACAACUAGGGCUUCAUCUGAAAUGCAGCACAACCAAGUGGUCAGUCUGAAUCGUCCAUCUGCAUAUCACCAAGUGGAAAUCAUCCGUCAAGGAGCCAAUCUUGGAAUUCCAACAUACUUCACUGCCAGAGAAACGACAUCAAAGACUGAAAAUUUGGCCACUCAAUUGAGCAGAAAAGAAGAGCAUCUGGAAGUUUGUACAACAAAAACCACGUCAUUGCUUUCUGAACCAGUUGUAUUCGAUUCCAACGCCUCCAAGUCACACUCAGUUUCUUUGGAUAAAAAUUUGACUGCUUCUGGAGAUUUCGAAUUAGACGCGGUUGUGGUCAUUGUCGACAAGAACCGAGAGCAACCCCAGUUCUUCCGUUGCUCGUGCACUAAGGAAGCAUCCACAUCUGCCGCUGCUUCUCUUUCUUCUUCCGGAUCCAAAUCUGAAUCUUGUAAACUUGUGCGUGUCGCUUCCAAUUUGGGUCAUCCGACUAGUCUUGUUUUGCGUGAAAGCAGCUCGGUGCAGGAGAACAACAAUGUGCACUAUCAGCGUGACGAGCACCAUGAGCACGUUUCAGAGACCAGGUCGUACCCAAGAGACGGAGGACAGUUCAAUUUGGAAACAAAAGCAAGUACAGCAAAUGAAGUGCGGAUCGACAAAGAUCUGGAGAAGCAUGCAGACAGAGACUUGGCCACAGAGAAGAAGACAAUCAUUCGAAAUGAAGCAGAACCGGUAGAGAUAUUUGUGUCGGCUACGGAAGAGUCUGCUGCUGGAGUCACUGCUAACCUGUCAAGAUCCAACCAAUACGAAACUUCCAACAUCAAAUUGACAGCAGCCAAUAAAGGAGAACCUGCGUACUCGAGAGUGACUGAAACAACUGAACUCACUGAAACCAAUAAUGUGCAACUUCGACGAGAAGAAGAACAUAAAGAAAUCGAAAAGAUUGUUCAAAUUGCUGCGUCAGGUGGUUCUUCUCUUCUACGAGCUGGAUUUGCCGAUGAAAAGUUUGCUGAUGUUGAAACCAAGUUGGAAAGGGAAGCAGAAUUCCAAUCUGCUCAAACCAUCAGAAACAUCGGAAAUGAAGACAAAACCAACUUGUCAAUUGGAGCCAGUCAGGAAACUUCAGUCAACUUCGACGAGACAAUCAAAUGUAACAAGAGUUCUUCUGAAGAGACUUCCAUAACUAAAGUGGCUAAGAACAUCGAACCUCACGUCAUCUUCAGAAGUACAGAAGCAUCUGAUAUGGCUGUUGGAAUCCACUACACUCUCAGAAGCAGUGAUAGAGUGGAUGAAACUGAAGAGAUCAAGAAUGUUGCCAGAAAUGGAGGAUCUGCAACAUUCUCUUGUUUCGCUGCUGGAGAAGAAUCUCCAGACAGUGUCAGUGCAUUCCUGACAAGACCAUCUCAAGAAGAAGUCACCGAAAAACUAUUCCCAACCCCAAUGAUUGAUGCAAUCAAAUUUAACUCAACCGCUGCGGAAGAGUUCGCCGUUUGGAACACUACGAGUUUCAGAAGGAAAGAUCACGAGGAAGAAGUGGAGAAAAUAUUCAACACUUCUGGAGCGGGACAAAAUGAAAUGUUCUCAUCAAAUGCUGCUGAGGACGUGUCUGUCACUUUGGAUGCUGAUUUACACUUUGGUGUCGGCUACAAAGAGCACAGACAAGUCACGAAAGACGAAGCGAACCAGGGAGAAAGUACUGGAAUGCACUCCGGUGCUUCCGAAGAAACAAUCUUCAAUCUGGGAUACGAUUAUUGCAAACAACCAACUGAAUUCACAACUGUCUGUGUCACCGAAGACAAACUUCUCAUACAAGGAGCUUAUGGAUUCCGUGCGGCCAAGGAGGAAUCCAUCAAUUUGGAUGCUGAUCUUCACUUUGGAGUCACUUAUCGAGACUUGUUAGCAAUGGGUCUGCAUGCAUCUAACAACGAAAUUGAAGGUACUGGAAUGCAUUCCUCUGCAUCCGAAGAAACCAUAUUUAACCUGGCAUACGACUACUGCAAGCAACCCACUGAGUUCCGCACUGUCUUCGUCUCUGAAGACCAUCAAUUUGUUCACGGCGCGUUCGGUUUCCGAGCAGUCGGCGAAGAGCACAUUGAGACGCAAUUGCUGGAACUUGAGGCACGCAUGGUGGAGGUCAUGGUGGAGGGCAGUGUGCACAACCUUGCUCGUAGGCAUGAAGAUGAACCAUUUGUAUUGUAUACAGAAGUGAUCGAGGAAACCAUUAUCCGUGUCGACGAGCAGCUCGAGAAGAAGACCACCGUCGUUGAGACCGAGCAGGCUUCUGAAGUCAAGAUGAGAGAGAAAGGCGAAGAGCGUAGAAAGGAAGAAAAGAGAGUCAGUUUCGCCGCCGAAGUCCAGGAAAAGACAAUGGAAGCCAUCGAUAAGAGUCUCGGGUUGGAUACAUCUAUGGAGGUCGAGCCAGCCUUCCAGAAACCGUCCAUCAUCAAGAAGCCAAUGAAGAAGGAGAGAGAAAGACGUAGUAGAGAUCUCCGUCAAAAUGCUGCUCCUGCAUUCAAACCCGUCCGCCGCAACUCCCUUCUUCAGGCUCUUGCUAUUGGAAGUCCUCACAACAUUCCUCAUUUCAAAACUCUUGACGAUAUUGUGAAGGCUAUCAAGCAUGCUGGUCUCGAAUAUUCCAACUUGAUUUUCGGAAUUGAUUACACCAAAUCUAACUUCUAUCAAGGAGAACGAACUUUCGAUAAGAGACCACUUCACACAAUUGAUCCAGCUGAGAUGAAUCCCUAUCAACAGGUAAUCCAAAUCGUCGGAAAGACACUUUCCUCGUUUGAUGCCGACGGACAGAUCCCAGCGUAUGGAUUCGGAGAUGAGGAAUUCACUGAUCAAGGAAUUUUCAACAUUGCAGACAGAUACGAUCUUGACAAGGAUUGCAAUGGAUUCGAAGAAGUACUCAAAGUCUACAACGAAGUCACACCAACCAUCGAAAUGAGCGGGCCAACCAACUUCGUGCCUCUGAUUGAUCGAGCGAUUGAAAUUUGCAAGGAGAAGCACUCCUACCAUAUUUUGGUCAUCGUUGCUGACGGACAGGUCACCAACGAGAAGAUCAACCAGAAAGCGAUUGCUGCCGCUUCACACUAUCCAUUGAGUAUUAUCAUGGUUGGUGUGGGAGAUGGUCCAUGGAACAUGAUGGGCAGAUUUGAUGACAACAUUCCAAAGAGACUUUUCGAUAAUUUCCAUUUCGUUGACUUCCACAAGGUGAUGUUCAAUGCUCCAAACGCCGAUGCUUCAUUUGCUUUGAAUGCUCUGAUGGAGAUUCCAGACCAAUACAAGGCUAUCAAGGAAUUGGGACUUUUGAAACACAGUCGCCGUGGCUAA